AUGCCGCUGGCGCUGUGGCUGGCCGACACGAACACGGCGCGCGAAUGGAAGUCGACCGUCGACGAGGCGAGCAGCACCGCCUUGACCUCGUGGAAGAGCAGCCAGCUCGAGACGUGGUUGACCCCGGACUGCCGCUCGAGGCCGUCCCUGGUGCGCGGCUCAGGCGUGUUCUCAACGCCCGUUUUGUUGAUACUGCGGCGACCACUCCAACCGGCCGUGACGCUUUUGACGACUCGUUAA